AUGUUGCCCAAAAACAUCCUGACAUUCACCGCCUUUGCCGCUCUCGCAGAGCAGGCUCUGGCCUCCAACUCGCACCGCCACCUCCAUCGCCGCUACCAGCUGCAGAAGCGCGAGGAAAUCGUCGACCGGGUCACCGUCUGGACCACCGUCUACGUCAACGCGCCCCAGGAGACCGUGCCACCGCCCCGCCAGUUCCUGGCCAACAUUCGCCCUGCCCAAGAAGCUGCCAAGACUAGCACUCUCUCGACUUCCACUCCUGUCUACAGCAACGUCAACGCGGCUGUCAAGGCUCCAGAGUCGGCCGCUGCCGCGCCCCAAGACCCUCAGACGACGCUCGCCACGUCUGUCAAGCCUCUUGUUCAGGUUGAAGCUGUUUCUCCGUCGGCCGGCUAUGGCGAUAAGCCUGCUGAGCCCUCCGCUGCCCCCUCUGCUCCGGCAACCACUCCUCACGCGUCUGGCGGUGGCCAGGGCGGCUCCGGAUCGGGGGCCCCCUUUCCAGGAAAGCGAGGCGUGGCAUACAACGACGCCAAGCUCGCCAACAGCCUUAUCAAAAUGUGCGACAAGUGCGACUGGGCUUACAACUGGGGCUCUUCGUCGCAGGGCCUGAAUUCCACGGUCAACUUCGUCCCUACCCUUUGGGGAGACCAGACCAAAUUCACUGAUCAUUGGGAGUUGGAUGCCCAAACGGCCAUUACGAACGGCGCCAAGGCCAUGUUCAGUUUCAACGAGCCCGACAACAGUGGACAGGCCAACAUGAACCCUGAGCAGGCUGCCGCCGCCCACGUCCAGUACUUGAACCCUUACGGCGGUAAGGUCUUGAUUGGCUCGCCCUCCGUCACCAACAGUGGCCAGCCUGGUCAAGGCAUCCAGUGGCUCAAGUCCUUCAUAAGCGAAUGCGACAAGCAGCAGGACAAGUGCCGCAUCGACUUUUGCAAUGUACACUGGUACUCGCAGGCGCAGUACGAGAACACUCUGUACAAGCACCUCGAGGACGCUCAUGAGGCCUGCGGAGGAAAACCCAUCUGGCUGACCGAGUUUGCGCCCGUCGACGCUGCUGGCCAGCCUGCCGAGACGCCGGGUUUCCUGGAGUCGGUCAUGUCCAAGCUCGACGGAAUGGACUUCGUCCAUGCCUACGCGCCCUUCAUGUGCGCCGAGGGCAAGCUGAUGUCUGCGAACCAGCUCAGCGAUACGGGCAGGGUCUUUGUUGGCGCCUCUUAG